AUGCGUGUUCUUGUUAUAUUUAUACCAAAAUCAUUCCCUAAUAAAUGUUUACACUUCAAAAAACUUGGAUUAUGGAUAAUUUUCCAAGCUUCAAUAAAAGAAAAAUCAAAUCACCAAAAGGAAAUCCUUACUGAACAACAACAACAACAAAUAAUAAAUAACCAUAUAAAUAAUUCAAUUUCAAGUGAAAAUCUUGUAAUUCCAUUAAAUAAUUAUGAAGAAAGUCCAACCCAAUCCAAUAUAUCAUCAUGUUAUUCAUCACAAUCUAAUUUAUCAAGCUAUAGUAGCACUGGAAGUUUAAGUAGUUAUUAUGGUUCAAACUAUUAUCAUGGUGCAAGUUCAAGUAGUAUUAGUAGUAUCAAUAGUAAUAUUGCAAAUUCAAAUUCAAGUAGUACUGGUAGAGAUUCAACACCAACACCAACACCAACACCAAUUCAAACUCCUUCAUCAACUCCAUCUAAAAAGAAAAGAUCAUGGAGAAUUAGAACACCAUCACCAAAGCCAAAAUUGGAAUCAAACAACAAUCAUCAUCAUAAUCAUCAUAAUUAUUACAAUAAUUUCUCUGAAAUUUCAAUUGAACUACCACCAACCCCAACAUAUCCACAAAAACCAUCAUUCUUAUCAAAUUCAAAUCAAAUUCCAAGACCAAAAUCAAGACAUUCUCAUACAAAUUCUGCUGAUAGUUAUACUUCAUCAUAUUCAUCAACUUAUCCAUCUUCAACAAGAUCUUCUCAAAAACAACCACCAUAUUAUCAACAACCAAUUAAUAAUAAAAAUAAUAAUAAUAAUAAUAAUAUUAAUAAUUUCAAUUUUAAUGGAAAUAAUAAUAAUAAUAAUAAUAAUAAUAAUAAUAAUAAUAAUAAUAAUAAUAAUAAUAAUAAUAAUAAUAAUAAUAAUAAUAAUAAUAAUUCCAAUAAUAUGAAAAUUUCAACAUCACCAAAUAAACUAUCAAAUUCAAAUCAUUCAACAAAUUCAAACUUUUCACAAUGUUCAUCAAGUCAUAGUUUAUUAGAUACCAAUAUUGGUGGUAUCAAUGUAAAUACUCAAAAUUUGGUUUCAUUUACAAAUGAAACUUCAAACUCUGGUUCAACUAUUAUAAAGCCUGUUGCACUUAAAUCUAGUAGCAGAAGCGUAUUUAAUAGUAGUAAUAAUCAACAAUAUCUUUUCUCUUCUUCGACUUUAUCUUCAUCUUCUUCGACUAAAACUAAUAAUAAUUCAACAACAACCACCACUACCACCACCGCCAAAACAUCAUCAACUUCAACAAAUGAUUACUCAUCUAUUAAAGGUAAAAGUUUAAUAGAUGAUGAUGCAUCCUGCUCGAUUUCUUCAUUUAAUGCAAUUGAACAACAAGUUCUAAUUCCAACGGUCCUAUCAUCAUCCUCUUCAUCUCAUGUUAUGAAAAGAAGUAAUGGUAGUUCAAAUGGUGGUAACUCCACCAUACAAUCACCAUCUUGUAAUCAAAUAUCGAUCAAUAAGAAUAACUUGGUAGAUAUCGAUGAUGAGGAUGAGGAUGAUGAGGACGAUAUCAAUGGCCAUUGGGAAAAAAUUACAAUACCAUCUAAUAUGUGUAGAGAUCAAAUCUCAAUUAAAAAUAAUUUUGAUGAAUCGACAAAAGUAAUUUGCUAA